CCAAAAAGCAAUGACUGACGUAAUAUCAUGUCAUCGGCCAAAAUUGAUUUUCUCAGUAAUUUUUAGUUAUUUACCCAAUAUUUACCAUACAUCUAUAAUGUAUAAUUGAACACCUAUGUGCAAUGUGAUGAAAUUGAAUACCUAAUUUUUUUUUGCAAUUUUAUUCGAUCGCUGCUGGAAAAUGCUUGAAACUGGCAGUAUGGAAAAUGCAACUGCCGAGUCGCCACAAACACACGCAGACAUUAAAAAGGAAGAUGAAGACCUUGGCUGUCUGAAAGCGACCUUUGGGAAUAUUGCAAUGGAAGAUGAAGAUCCAGCUCGUUCGGAGGCGACCUUCCACUUCAAAGUAGAGAACUUAAGUCAACUAAAAGAACGAGUCUUAUCACCCCCUUGUUACGUGAGAUGUCUACCCUGGAAGAUACUCAUACUUAUCCGAAAUAUUACAACCCCAAACCAUCAACAGCAAAAAGCACUGGGGGUUUUUCUUCAGUGCAAUGGGGAUAGCGAAACUUCUGGGUGGUCUUGCUAUGGACUGGGCGAAUUGAAACUAAUUUCAUUCAAACCUGAUGGUGAACAUCUUUGCAGAAAUAUCCACCACAUGUAUCAUUGCAAAGAAAAUGAUUGGGGCUUUGCACAUUUUAUAUCAUGGGAUGACUUGAUGGAUCCAAAUAACGGCUUUGUUUCCAAUGAUUCCAUAACCAUCGAAGCACAUGUUGUUGCGGAAGCCCCACACGGAAUUUCUUGGGACUCUAAAAAACACGCUGGAUAUAUUGGUUUGAAAAAUCAAGGUGCUACAUGCUAUAUGAAUUCUUUAUUACAAACGCUGUUCUUUACAAAUGUUCUUCGGAAAGCAGUUUACCAAAUCCCUACUGUUGGAAAUGACAGUUCACAGUCAGUCGUUUUCGCACUGCAACGGGUGUUUUACGAUCUCCAAUUUUCUGAUAAACCUGUAGCUACCAAAAAAUUGACCAAAAGCUUUGGCUGGGAAAACAUUGAUUCGUUUAUGCAACAUGAUGUCCAAGAAUUUCUUCGAGUUCUACUAGAUAAAUUAGAGGUUAAAAUGAAACUAACUGUAGUUGAAGGUACAGUUCCGAAACUGUUUGAAGGCAAAAUGACGUCCUUUAUAAAGUGCAAGAAUGUUAAUUGCACCAGCACCCGCGUCGAAACCUUCUACGAUAUUCAACUUAGCAUUAAAGGGAUGAAUAACAUAUACGAAUCGUUUAAAGACUACAUUAGCACGGAGUUGUUGGACGGGGAUAACAAAUACGACGCUGGUGAGCACGGGCUCCAGGAAGCGGAGAAGGGCGUGCGAUUUGACACGUUUCCACCAGUACUGCAUCUGCACCUGUUGAGGUUUCAGUACGAUCCACACAGCGGUGCGUCUGUCAAAUUUAAUGAUAGAUUUGAAUUUUACCAAGAAAUAAACCUCGACCAGUACCUUCAAGAAGUACCGCAAUCCCCAGCACACUACACGCUACAUGCAGUUCUUGUGCAUUCUGGAGAUAACCACGGAGGACACUAUAUUGUAUUCAUUAAUCCAAAGGGGGAUGGAAAGUGGUGCAAGUUCGACGAUGACGUGGUAUCCCGGUGCAGCAAACAAGAAGCUAUAGAAUACAAUUUUGGAGGCAAGGAGGAAGUACCGUAUCUUCCUCGACGAGCGACGAGUGCUUAUAUGCUUAUUUACAUACAAACGUCACAGCUGAAGUAUGUCCUACAAGACGUUACAGAGGAGGACAUACCGACGGACCUGUGCGAGAGGAUCAAUGCAGAGAUACGACACGAGAUGGCGGCAGAAAAAUAAGAUGCAAAAAGAUUAAAUCUGACACAUCCAUCAGCUCAUCGAAGUACUAUUCGAGGAUAUUCAACGCUCUAAAACAGUUCUUCACUUUGCAAGCCCUAGCUGGUUCUAAAUUCAAAACGAGAUACAAAACAAGGGAAACAAUGGAAACGAAAGAUGUGAAAUAGUAUACCUACAGGGUCACUGGUAAAAAGUCACGAUCCCAUGUGAGUUGUAGGCGAGGUAAAAUGCUAUGUAUAUAUAAACCUUGUGGCAAAAAUGCCCUAGUUUUGAAAAAAAUAUUAUCUGUUUAUAUAUUUUUCAGAAAAAUCCUUUACAAUUAUUUGUAAAAUCAAUUA